UAUGUUAUCGACCAUCCCUAGCGUUGACGUGUGCGUCGAUUUGCUGAUGUUGUUGUUGUGUGGCUGCGUGUCAAAAAAAUUGUUACCCUCGCCGAACGAUUUUCAACAGAAAUCGUCAACGGCAACUAAAUAUUAAAGCUUAAACGUAAACUAAGAGUUAAGUAAUAAUCAACAAUUGAAAUGGCAGAGGAAGUCAUUGGCAGUGUAAAGGAUGCGAUUAAGGGCAUAUUCGAGAACGUAACCGGGAGCCCGAAGAAUGAGACGAUUACCAGCGAAAAGAAGCCAUCGACGCCAGAAGGCAUUGCGGUGGCGUACGGCAGCCUCGUCAUCAUGGCCAUGUUGCCCAUUAUAUUCGGCUCCAUACGUUCCGUUAAGCUGCACAAAAUUAAAAAGUCGACUGGCGAGAAGGCCGACACAAUGACCAAAAAGGAUGCCAUGUAUUUUCCGCUGAUUGCGUCCGCAGCGCUGUUCGGCCUGUACAUGUUCUUCAAGAUCUUCCAGAAGGUGCACAUAAACUUGUUGCUCACGGGCUAUUUCUUUGUGCUCGGCGUUAUUGCGCUCGCCCAUCUACUGAGUCCCGUAAUUAACUCGUUGAUGCCGGCAGCUGUGCCCAAAGUACCAUUCCAUAUACACUUCACCAAGGGUGAGGGUAAACACAAGGAGGACAUCAUCAACUAUAAGUUCUCCACGCACGACAUUGUCUGUCUGAUAAUCUCAUCGGCAAUUGGAGUGUGGUAUCUGCUGAAGAAGCAUUGGAUUGCCAACAAUAUGUUUGGAUUGGCCUUUGCCAUCAAUGGUGUGGAGAUGCUGCACUUGAACAACUUUGUGACGGGCGUGAUUUUGCUAAGUGGCCUUUUCUUCUAUGAUAUCUUCUGGGUGUUUGGCACAAAUGUUAUGGUCACUGUGGCCAAGAGCUUUGAGGCGCCAAUCAAACUAGUCUUUCCCCAGGACAUUCUCGACAAUGGCCUGAAUGCUUCCAAUUUUGCGAUGUUAGGCUUGGGCGAUAUCGUUAUUCCAGGCAUCUUUAUUGCCCUUCUGCUGCGCUUCGAUGAUAGCAAAAAGAGGAAGACGCGCAUCUAUUUCUAUUCCACACUGGUUGCCUAUUUCCUGGGUCUGCUCGCGACGAUCUUUGUGAUGCAUGUGUUCAAGCAUGCGCAGCCGGCGCUGCUUUAUCUUGUGCCCGCCUGCAUGGCUACGCCACUCCUGGUAGCUCUAAUCCGUGGCGAGCUGAAGGUGCUCUUUGCCUAUGAAGAUCAUCCCGAGGAUAAGCCUGAGAAGAAGGAGAAAAAGGAAAAGGACGAGAGCAGUAACAGCAGUAGCAGCAAGAAAAAAGAUUCGAAAAAGGCCAAGUAAUUCAUUGCAUGGAUUACAUAUGUAGGCCAUAAUUUCCCGAGCAAACUCCCCCGCGUGCAUGUCUUCUAUUAUUGGCUAUUAAGAUUUUUUAGUUGUUUUUAUUUAAUUUCGCAUUUUUCGCUUCAUUAUGCUUCCUCCAACACAAAUCUAUAAAAGACGAUUUUGACUAUUAUGAUAUGUUAGGAAUAAGUUCCUUAACCGGGGCACAUCUAAGCCACUACUGAUUUCGUAUAGAAAGUUAAUUAUUUAAUUGUACAAAACAGAAAAUGAAAAUCUUUUUUACCUAAUAUCAAAUUAACUAACAAACUUAUCUACAAGUUAAGAAAAAAACAAUAAAUUGAAAUAUUCCAAGUGUUUGUGAGAAAAA